AUGGAAAAUUUGAGCUGUCAAAGAAUAUUCUCCGUGGUUGAAAAUAGACACCAACCACCUGACAACUUGAUCAGUGGCAGUAGCAGUGGCAGUCUCAAGAACCGCAAACAAAACACUGCCAACAAACACAAUUUCAACGUGAGAAACAAAGAGCCACUGAUCGUCUGCUCUGAUCCCCAACCCACAUUCAAACCAACAUUACCAAAAGCAAUGAAACAAGCGACAUCGCAACACAACACAACGCACACAACACCUACACACGCAGUGCUCGGCUGUGCUGAUUACAAGACAAACGAUGCCAACAUGUGGACCAAACGAAUUAAUGACGUCACGGCUAUCGGUUGUCACAGUGACGACGAACUGACGAGGUGGAAACUGAACUGUGUGUUGGAUCAGUGGUUGGGCGAUGUUGGCAGAUGUGAAGAAAGUGGUACGUCAGAUGUUCUGUCGUCAAGAGGCGGGGAGCAACUAAAAAUAACUUCAGUCCUGUCCUUCAUAAUAGUCGUCUGCAUAUCGUUCAUCAUCGGCUUAUGCGUCCUCAUCGUCGGACUUGUCUGGAUGCACAGCUCAAACAUGUCGAAAAAUAUAAUAUUUGAUUGUGGAAUACUGUCUCGCCUUCAACAGAAAAAACUAAAUCUCAGACUACCAAUGGAACAAAUUAACAAUGGAAAUUUAAUGCAACUGCUUUUAUAG